AUGGAUAAGACGAUAGCAAAAGGUUUGAGUGAUAAGUUAUAUGAAAAGAGAAAAGCGACUGCUUUGCAAUUAGAAAAGUUAGUCAAGACAUGUGUACAAGAAGGUGACUACACAAGAAUCGAUGGUAUUAUUGGAGAGCUAUGUAGGGACUAUGCUUAUGCGUUACAUCAGCCAAUGGCGAGAAACGCUGGUCUCAUGGGUUUAGCAGCUACUGCUAUUGCACUAGGAACCAACGACGUUAGUAAGUACUUAAGAAGUAUCUUACCCCCUGUUUUGGCAUGUUUUGGUGACCAAAAUGACCAGGUUAGAUUCUAUGCAUGUGAGAGUUUGUAUAACAUUGCAAAGAUUGCUAAAGGGGAAAUAUUGCUCCAUUUCAACGAAAUUUUCGAUGUACUUUGUAAGAUAAGUGCAGAUACUGAAAACUCAGUGAGAGGUGCCGCUGAGCUUUUAGAUAGAUUGAUCAAAGAUAUUGUAGCGGAAAGAGCAUCUAAUUACGUAGCGAUAGUCAAUAAUGAUCCACAUGACGUUCCACUCGCUACUCGAUCAGAUUCGUUAACGGGUAAUGUUUAUCAAGAAAGUUAUAAGCAAGACAAUAAUUUGGCAUUUUCACUCCCAAAGUUUAUACCCUUGCUGACAGAGAGGAUAUACGCAAUAAAUCCAGACACUAGAGUGUUUUUAGUGGAUUGGAUAAAGGUCUUAUUGAAUGCACCGGGACUUGAAUUAAUUUCCUUUUUACCGUCAUUCUUAGGAGGACUAUUCGUAUUCCUGGGAGACUCUCACAAAGAUGUAAGAAACGUUACACAUGCAUUAAUUGACUUGCUUCUUCAUGAAAUUAAAAGAAUAUCUGCCUUAAAAGAAGAAUUGAGGAAGCAACAUAAUGACCAGCUUAAACUUUUAGAAGAGAAAAAUGAAGCACCGGCAAAAAAGGAAGAUGGUAUGCUAAUUGCAGAGAAGAAAAAGUCAUUAAUAUCUGCAUUCGGAGAACUUUCUAUGGAAAAUACUCCAGUUGCUCAAGAAACUGUCAAUUUCGAUGCUGGCUCGCAUCCUCCCAGUAUAACUGCUGCUAGGGAAAUGACUCUUAAAGAAGAUUUACGAAACGGUGAAGAAUAUACACCUGGCCAAGAUGUCCAUUUGAAUUUUCCAGAGAUCAUAAGAAUUUUAGUAAAUAAUUUGACUUCAUCAGAACCAGAAAUACAGUCUUUAUCCCUGCAUUGGAUGUCCUCCAUACUAGCAAUUUCACCUAAUGAUUUUUUGCCCUUCUUUCCGAAGAUACUUUCUUCAUUAAUGAACCUAUUAAGUGAGCCAAAUACUCAUAUUACUGAGUUGGCCCAAACUGUAAAUAAAAGACUCCUUCUUCUGUGCACUGAAUAUGUAAAAUCAACUAAGGAUAAACCAAUUGCAUAUGGUUCCAUUGUUAAUAAUUUGACCUUACAAUUUUUUGAUAGUAAGGUGGAAACUAAGAUUGCAUGUUUGGAUUGGUUGUCUCUUAUUUAUAAUAAAGCUCCAGAUGAAAUUCUGGAGCAUAAUGAUAGUAUGUUUUUGACUUUACUCAAAUCCUUGUCGGAUAAAGACUCGAAACUUAUAGAAAAGGCAAUGGGCUUCCUUAAGAGUUUAUGUUCUGCUUCCAAUGAUAAUUACCUGAGAAAGUUUUUAGAAGAAUUUUUGAAUUUAUUGAGAAGAGACUCCCGACUAUUAAAGGACAGGGCAAAUAAUAUCGUGAGAAAGGUUUGUACCAGUCUACCUCCAGAAAGAGUUUUUAAGGUUAUCUCUUCAAUUUUAUCUUCCUAUGAUGAUAUUACUUUUGUUAGGAUGAUGAUUCAAAUACUGAGUACAAAUUUAUUAAUAUCACCUGAAAUGUUCUCUUUGAGAAGAAAGCUAAGAUGUGCAGACGAUAUGAUGUUCUUCAAUUUAUUAUUCAAGUCAUGGUGUCACAACCCUAUAUCUGUCAUUUCAUUAUGUCUUGUAUCUGAAAACUAUGAAUUAGCAUACUCCGUCAUACAGGCAUACGCCAAUUUUGACUUGAAACUAAAUGAUCUGCUCCAACUAGACGUUCUCGUUCAACUCUUUGAAUCGCCUGUUUUCACAAGAAUGAGAUUGCAGCUAUUAGAGCCUCAAAAUCAUCCUUUCCUGUACAAAUGUUUAUAUGGGCUCUUAAUGAUAUUGCCUCAGUCAAAAGCUUUUGACUCUUUAAACAAGAGGUUGACAAGUGUAAAUAUUUGGGCAUCUCAACCGGUCUAUCCGGGCACGUACCAUAAAGCAAGAAACAUAUCGGGCUCAUUGAGUGACCCAGACGUAUCGCAAAGGUCAGUAAGUCAAAGCAAACUACAUGUGCAAGAAUUGAUAGAUUAUUUUACCAUGAUAGUCUCUGCAUCUGUCCCUGAAAGUGCGUACGUAAAUUAUACAGAGUCAGUUCUGCCAUAUUUUGGAAAUACAUACAAUACACAGGAAGAUUACAGUAUCCAAUCUGUGAAUCCAGUAAAAUCUCAAUUUAUUCCAGAGCUUGAGAAAAGCACGGAAUCUGCCCAGUUCCUUGAGCAGCCAACUGAUUCAGGAUCAGCAAAAUUUAGAACUUCCUCUCUACUAAGUAAUGAUCGAGAAAUUACCGACAGUAUCGGAUAG